CUCUCUCUCUCUCUCUCUCUCUCUCUUUUGCUCCCGCCCUUUGGCUGAAGCUUGAGCAAUCAACAUGCAGAUCUUCGUGAAAACCCUAACCGGGAAAACUAUCACUCUCGAAGUCGAGAGCAGCGAUACGAUCGAUAAUGUUAAGGCCAAAAUUCAGGAUAAGGAGGGUAUCCCCCCUGAUCAGCAGAGAUUGAUAUUUGCUGGGAAACAAUUGGAAGAUGGUCGUACUCUUGCAGAUUACAACAUCCAGAAGGAAUCAACCCUUCACUUGGUUCUGAGGCUUAGGGGUGGAACCAUGAUCAAGGUGAAGACCCUUACUGGAAAGGAAAUUGAGAUUGACAUUGAACCUACUGAUACCAUUGAUCGGAUCAAGGAGAGAGUUGAGGAGAAAGAAGGGAUUCCUCCUGUGCAACAAAGGCUCAUUUAUGCUGGUAAGCAGCUAGCAGAUGAUAAAACUGCCAAGGACUACAACAUCGAGGGUGGUUCUGUUCUUCAUCUCGUGCUUGCUCUUAGGGGUGGUCGUCUUUAAUGAUUAUCUCUUCCCUCCAAACUAUUUAACCUUUCCUGUGAACUUGAUUUGAGUAUAUAGAUUCUCUGUCGUGUAAAAACCCUUGGGAUUUUGAAGGAAAACAAAUUAUGACAACAUUUGUCUACAUAACUUUGAUCAA